UUUAUUCUUACUAAAAUCACUAACUACGAGUGAUAUUCUUGAUUAUCGUAUAUUUGUGUUUAAUUUAAUGAGUAGUUCUAUAUUUUGAAUUCGAUCCAAAAUAAAUUAAUAGUAGUCGAAUAUUUAUCCGCAUGAAAAACGUUAAUUCUAUUUGUUUGCAAUAAAAUUGUUUACCAUGGUAAUUAAUAAGUUAAUGUCAAAAUGACAUUUAGAAAGGUAACGCUAGAAGGCAUAAACAAAUAUUUGAAGUCAUCCAAAGGUUUCGAAAAAAGUUUAGAAAAGGUCACUGUUUUAACCAUAGGCGAUGGUCAUUGUCUCAGCGAGCUUAAAGUAGACGAAGACCACGUGAAUCCAUUUGGAACACUCCAUGGCGGUAUGACGAGCACUUUAGUGGAUUCCCUGAGUACCUACGGGCUCAUGUCCCACCCCAAGAUUGGCUCAAUUGUUACAGUAUCACUUGACUUAAAUAUUAGAUUCUUGAAAGCUGCGAAAAUAGGCGAUACAAUAAUAAUCGACUCCAAGACGACAAAAGCUGGCAAAACAAUUGCAUUUUGCAAUGUGGACAUAUCGAAUAAGAGCAGCAAAGAAAUUGUGGCACAAGCUAGUCACAUUAAAUUUAUAAUGCGUCCCGAUAAUUAAUAAACAUAAUUAUAUAAUUAAUGUCAAAU